UAUUUGUCAUUCUUGGUGACGUUUUCGCAUUCGGCAUAGUUACAGAAAUUCUAUCGUUUUAAGUUCUAAUUUAGUGAUUUAAGUGAUCUAUUAUAAGUAAUAAGUGGUUAAACAGUUGUGAUCAACGUAACUUAACGGCUAACUAGGCGAUGAGGCAUAGAAUAUGCUUGCGUAUUGUCAGUACAGUUCUGACUACGAAAAUGAGAAGUCACACAUACAUUGAUUCUUUGGGCUCGGCCAGAAUAAUGGCACGAGCCCUCGACGGCAAAGCCCUAGCAAAGGAAAUAAAAGACGAAUUAAAGAUCAAAAUCAACAACUGGAUCAAUACUGGCCACAGAGCACCAUCUCUCCGUUGUAUUAUAGUCGGAAGCGAUCCAGCAAGCCAUACUUACGUCAAAAACAAGAUCCAAGCUGCAAUUGACAUUGGAAUAGAGGCACAGACUAUCAAAUAUGACGAGAAUUUAACGGAAGAAGCUUUGAUCAGUGCUAUUGAGCUAUUGAAUCACGAUAAAUUGGUUGAUGGAAUACUAGUACAGCUACCGUUGCCAAAUGGUAUCGAUGAGAGGAGGGUGUGUAAUGCAGUAGCACCAGAAAAAGAUGUCGAUGGAUUUCACAUAACAAACGUAGGACAGCUUAGCUUGGAUAUGCCUACUAUUGUUCCGGCAACUGCGCUUGCUGUUAUUGAGAUGCUGAAAAGGUUCAAAAUCGAAACUUUAGGUCGCAAUGCGGUUGUUGUGGGCCGAUCAAAAAACGUGGGAUUACCGAUAGCGAUGAUGCUACACAGCGACAGGAACCACGACAGUGGUCUUGGCAUGGACGCGACUGUGACAAUAUGUCACAGGUAUACCCCGGCGGAACAACUCGCGGUGCACUGCCGCAAUGCCGAUAUUAUUGUGACAGCUACUGGUGUACCUAAACUCAUAAAAGCCGAUAUGAUAAAGCCGGGGGCUACAGUAAUUGAUGUUGGGAUCACGAGGAUUACCGACGAGCAAGGCAAGACGAAGCUAGUGGGCGACGUAGAUUAUGACGAGGUACGCAAAGUAGCAGGAGCAGUGACCCCAGUACCGGGCGGAGUGGGACCCAUGACAGUGGCUAUGCUCAUGCACAACACUUUCCAAGCCUCACAGAAGAUUUGGCAACAAUAAAAAAUGCCACGUCUGUUUUAUUCUUAGCUCUACUUUUUAUUAAACUUAGAAUAUUAUUAUAAUGCAUAAAUUUUGAUACUGAAAAAGUUUUAUACUUAACGUCAUUGAUCACACACAACUCAAAAAAACAAAAGAUCUUAAUUCAAUGUGUGCUUGUUAAACUUAUUGAAAUAUGUAUAUUAAAGAAUUUAAAAAUUCGUUGCGUUUGGUGCAACAAAUUAAUGUGCAAUUACUUAGUUACUUUGCGUAAUAUUUUUUACUAUUCUUAACUUUGCAUUUAAUUAUUUAAUAAAUUUUACAACUUUAGUAGCACAAAACAUAGCAAUUUUGUGCAAAUUAAAUUUUGUGAUACCUAUUAUGAUUUGUAUCAUAUUGUAAUCUUAAUUAAUAGACCAUGAUAAAUAGUAAAAUGGAAUCUCGCAUUAAUUCUAAACAUUUUGUCAUUUAUAUUAAUUAGGUGAUAUUGCCUAUUAAAAAAGUGCCUCACAUAUUUAUUAAUUAAAGAAAGAGAGAAAGACGUUUUUUCUUUCUUUAUAGUUUGUAAGAGAAUGACUUAAAGAAGUAUUAUAAAUUGUACAUCUAGAGUAGUUUGAUUAUUAUUAUCAUGACGUUUGACGUCGUUAUGUAUUGUAUUUAAUGAUCUUGCCAUAAAAUAUAUAACUAUGUAUCUAGAUAGACUAUCCCUAUAUUAAGAGUAUUUUUUAAAAGAUUUCGUAAAGGGCCGUGUCUACUAGAUAGAUAGGUUUAUAAUUUUAAGGUAGUCACACAUUCCUGCUGUGGAAUUUGAAUAUAGCUUUUUCUAUAAUUGUGUUUAUUAUUUUGUAUUCUUGUUAUAUUUGAAUUAGGUUUAAGUAAAACAUACUUUUCUCUACCAAUUUUUUUUU